GGGUCACAUUCGAGUCAGGUGUGGGAAAAUCGUCUGUGAAGAAAAUAGGUGUAUGUGUUAGUUGUGAAUGAUAGACAUCCUUCUUUGUAUUCAGGCAUGUUAUAUUUAAUUUUUCUGUAAGAAUAACCUGGAUAUCGUAUGUGAAUUUCUGUCUGUGAUGUAAAAUCGCCGGGGCAUGGCACGUGUGUAUAGGAACGUAGCAAUAUUUACCUUUCGGUGAAUCACGUUGUACGGAGAGUUAUUUCCCUUUGGAACAAUGGUGAAGGAUCAUGACAUUAUUCAGGCUGUUAAGGAUAGAAAUAUCCCAGCCUUGCACAAAUUACUGUCAAAAGCAGGAAAAUCCAACAAAAAGCUGAUAGGAGGCAGUAAGAGACUGAACAUUAAUUACCAGGAUGGAGAUGGAAUGUCAGCUUUGCAUCAAGCCUCUUUGAUGGGAAACCUUGAGAUGAUGCAGAUGUUACUGGAGUGUCAUGCUGAUGUCAGUAUCCAUGACAACAAAGGGAUGCUGGCGCUUCACUACGCCGCCUGGCAGGGCAUGUCUGACCCGGUUCACACCCUGCUACAGUGGAAGUCCCCAGUCAACGAGGUCUCCCAGGACGGGAAUACCCCCCUACACCUCGCCUGUCAGCAUGGACACUUUGAUGUGGUCAACCUCUUACUGCUCCAUAACUCGUCCCCCACCCUACAGAACAAGGACAGGAAAACUCCAAUGGACCUGGCCUGUGAAUUUGGUCGAUACAGGGUUGUUGACUUGUUGCUGAGGAGCAACCUGUGUGCUCCGUUGCUGAUGGACAGUCCAGAGGACAUGAUGGACGAGAACAGUACGACGCCCCUUCACCUCGCUGCUAAAAACGGACAUAUUGAAAUCAUCCGACUGUUGCUACAAGCAGGAGUCAACAUCAAUCGCAGUACCCUGAAAGGAACCUCUCUCCAUGAGGCCGCACUGUGUGGGAAAAUUGAGGUUGUCCGCCUUCUUCUUGAUUGUGGCAUUGAUGUGAACAAGGCGAAUUCUUACGACCAGACUGCCCUAGACAUCGUCAACUCCUACACUACCUCCAGAGCAGCCAAAGAUCUCAAGCAUCUACUGAAAGAGGCCAGUUUUGCGGUGCAAGCCAGAGCCAUCAAAAAUUACUGUAACAUUUAUGACCCGAGCACCCUCGCAUUCAAAGAAGGGGAUAUCAUCAAGGUGUUAGAACAGAGGGAGGGGGCCUGGAAGGGGGUAGUUAUCAGUGAUGGACGUAUGGCCAAGCCUGGAUACUUCCCUCCUGAUACAGUAGUUCUCCUGGACAGCUCAGCUCACUUCUCUAACCACAUUAUUGAGGGAAAGCGGGUACAUAUGCCUAGUGUGCCGGACCUGUUGAAUCGCAGCCCAGGAUAUCAUCAGACUGGUGUGGGGAGCCCAUUCAGCCCGGGAGCCCACGCACCCCCCAGCCCGGGGUAUCUGAAUAGCCCGGUGGGGUGCCCACAAACCAGUUUGGGCAUGGACCACUCAUUUCCCCCACCCCCAGCAAUGUUCUCACCCAGCUCACCAUUCAGGAAAGAUUGGGACGGUGGUAAUUCCUUCAGUUUUCCACAUCAUCAGACUUACAGACUGUACAACACUUCCUCAGAGAACUUGAAUGGCCGAAUCGUGAACCAGAAUGGUGAACAGAUCGGCGAGUGGUCAUCGUCACUUCCUGCGUUCGCUGGUGACAUAAGGAAUGCAGGACAUGGAAAAGGAAGCCCGACUAACAGUAACCGUAACAGCGGAGCAAGCAGCGACAGUGGUAGAGGAUACAGUACGGGACAUCUAGAUCACGCCAACGCCAACGUCAAGCCUCCUCAGAAUUUUGGCAAUGUCCAGGUAAACAACAACCACCGCUUGUCCAGUCAGAGUUACGAGUCUGGAGUGUCCUCCCGCCAAAGCUACCACAGCACGUCAAGUUCCAGUGUCGGGAGUCUCGAUCGUCUGGAGGAAUCCGGACAGAUGAGCACCAUCAAUGUGGCGGCCUUGUUCCAGGCCGGAAUGCCUGACCAUGAGGUGAUGAGGGUGUGGCUGAGAGACCUCCGGUUUGAGGAGUACUGUAUUCUGUUUGUACAGGCCGGCUACGACAUGCCUACCAUCUCCCACAUGACCCCUCAGGAUCUGUCAGCUAUUGGAAUCACGAAACCUGGCCACAGGAAACGACUGAAGGCAGAAAUAGCUCGCCUGAAUAUUCAUGAUGGGAUCCCGGAUUUCAAACCGGUCGACAUGAUGGAGUGGUUACACAUGCUGGGACUAGAGCAGUAUUACAAUACCCUGUCACAGCAGGGGUACGAUGACCUUGACAAGGUCACGGACAUCACUUGGGAGGACCUGGAGGAAAUAGGCAUCCAGAAACUAGGUCAUCAAAAGAAAAUAAUACUAGCUAUAGAACGCCUUAAGAGAAUUAAUUCUAACAGUAAACGACUUUCAUCGAUGGACAAGAGUGGGCACAGUGAAAUAAUUGACCCUCCCCCACCACUAGGCCAUGCCAGAUGGUCGGGGGACGAUUACCCCUCAUCUCCAUUCAAAACAAAGAAAUCUCUGUCAGGUGACAAUUUGAACAGUGACCGUUAUUCUCAAAAGAGUGACCGAUUCUCCCAGCACAGUGACAGCAGCCUGGAGUUUGUGUCUCAUAGCUCCAGCACCGGGUACCAGCCAGACGUGGUGGCCAUACAGGUCAAACGCCACGCAUCCAACUCCGAGUCGCCCAAGGAAAUGUCGGGGGUGAGGAUUUCAUCGUUUCAGGCAGCACCCUCAUCAGUUCGGGAGGACCGAGACAGCACCCCUACAGCAGAGGAGGAGAUGACACAAUACCCAGCCCCCAUUGUGGCCCCGUCAGUACCAAAGGCCGUUAUCAAACCAAAGCCAGUUGCCAAGAUUAUUGCCAAAACAAAGAGAAGCAGCAAGGAAACUUCACCAGAAAUCAUUGACAUAGAAAAAUACGAGGCAGAGAAAAAUUACGAGUUUGGGAAAAGUCCUGGGAAAGCUUUUCUCAUUAAUUCAGCUAUGUUAAAGAAAACAGGACAGUCCGAUCACAUAUACGAUCAGCCUAGAACGCAGAAUGCUCCCAUGUCACCCAAAUCUCCGACCACCUCUAUGUCUCACCCAUUCCCUGCUCCCCCCACAGGACCCGUGUUUGUGGCAGUCUCCAAUCAGAAUGGGUCUCCACAGCCUCAGAAUUCACCCAACAAUCGGAAGGUUCCACCCCCUCCCCCUCCCAAACGCACCAACUCUGUCUCCAGCAGGCAGGACACAAACUCAUCAAGGUACGCUGGGAGCAUACCCAAAUCUGCUUUUCAAACCACUGAUCAAAACGCUCAAAGGACCACAACUAUGUCACCUAGGAAUCCAUCACAGCCUACUCCUAGGAGGGGCUCUGUAGGAGAGGAAAGAAAUGAGCAGAAACAACUGGCUUUUGCAUCAUGUGUUCAAAGUUUGUCUGCGAAAUUUGGCAGUAAACGGAUGGAGACAAGUUCAGAAGAUGUGAGCAGUUCUGAUGGUGAGGAUUUUCCUCCCCCUCCUCCUCCAAUAGCAAUGGACAUUAUCACUCCAAAAAUUCACAACUAUGGCAUACCUAGCAAAGAUGAAAAGACACCUGCUGAACUAAGAGGAAUGGGCAAGUUAGGGCAGUCUUCAACAAAUGGAAAUUCUUCAACAAGUAACAUUAACAACUCAACAGAAAAGCCAAAUUCGUUCACAUACAAAGCUCCUGUUCUAAAACCGGUCACAGAGAAUUCACCAUCUCCCCAGGUCCCUGCUUUGCCAAAUGUUACCCACAAUCCCCCUGUUCUUAAUCAUGUGACUACAACUGCCCAAUCAAAACCCCAGGUUCAGAACUCUCCCAGAGUUCAACAUAUUUCACAUGAACUCAAAAGAAAGGACUCCACUUCCAGUUCAGAUUCCAUAGUGUCUGCGUCUAGUGUAGACUCAAACACCUUGCCAUUCGCCAAUGAAAACGUGGGAACAAUAAAGCAGCGAGCUCCAACCACGAAGCCCUCCAUUGUGCCAAUCAAUGAGAGUACAGACUCGGUAGCUCAGGGCAACGGACAGGGAUUCCCCAGCCAUCAACGAGUCUUACCCACACUGCCACAGAAAGCAGGAAUCCCCUCUCACCUCAAGGAACUCGGCAAAGGACCAAGACCCUCUGUUCCGAUGAAGCCAAACGCCUCCCCACCUGUUCCAGCCAAACCGAAAAAAAAAAAGAAUGAUGAAGAUGUUCUCAAUGACAUUGACAACAUGCUACAGGGUCUGACUGAGGAGUUGGAUGCCAUGUUGGAGGAAGAACUCGUCUUGGACGAGUGAUUCUGUCACGCUUUACCAAAGAAAGUGGAAUGAACAAGAACUACGAUGUCAUACGUGUUAUUUAUUCUAUGAACUUUGAUUCACUUUUCAUAUUUCAAGUGCAAAUACUUUGAACAGUCUUCAUUUAUUAUCAUCUGCUUUAUUCAUUUAAAACAUGACUUCAUCUCCAUCAAUUGUCUUCUCUGAUUUCAUUGGAUAUAUCAUGUAGCCGAUUUCAAGUAGCUGAUCACCAUUAUUAUUGGAGGAGGUGUGAAUUUCAUCAAAGAAUUUCCCUGUGGAAAGUGAAUUUAUUUAUUUUAGUGUUAUUCAGAUGGAGAAAUUUUAAUGUAAUAUUAUGGUUUUAAAGUUGAGAAUCUGUGACUACUAGAGCAAAAUCUGUCGUCGUGCUUUUAUCAGUGCUCAGUAUCAUUGAUGUGACACCGUUUAAUUUAAGAAUUUUUAAUGUGUUUGAAACUGUGUUACUAGUCAGUUUGAUUGUCAAAGGAAAAAAAGAUAUAUACAUAUUAUUACAUGUGUCUGUGAUAACUAUAAGUGUACUGUGUGUAUGAUUGGAGGGUCAGAUCUGGACAGCCCUGUCUGUCCGUGUGUCUGUGUCUUCCCUCCGCUAACUUCCUGUUUGUCAUAUGAUCUGAACGCCUCACAAGUAUUCACAAAUCUCUUCCUUUCUAGACAAACUUGCUAUUUUAAUCUAUGAAUUUUGUGAAUAUUUGCAUUUCAUCAUGCUUUUGCUAGUUAAGGUUAUUGCAUUUUUUUAUAAUUCAGAGAUUAAUAUCGAAUUAUUAAUUCUUCUCAAUAUGAUAUACCUCUCACAAGCUAUGCACUAAAAUUAUUCAAGGAAAUUUGACUGAAAUAAUAUGGCAGAUGUAACUUUCACAAAUUAAAUCAACAAGUAAUAAAGUUGAAGUUCAGUGCUUUGAUAAUUGUAUGUAUGUAUUUUACUGUGAUUCGAUCUCAGAAGAGCUGUCUUUUAAAACCUUGUGUGUGCUGUUAGAGGAAAGGCAAUAUAUUUAGAAUGGUUGUGACAAUAGCAUAAUAAUUAUGUUUAAUGACUUUUAUUGCUGUAGGCCUAAUGUUUAGAGAACUAGAAUAAAAAUGACCAUUUGACAGUUGGGACUACAGACUUAGUAUUUCAAAUGAAUACCGUUUUAGACUUACAAAAGUAAUUUCCAUUCUAUACCUGUACCAAUUGACCAAGUCCUCUACAGACAAAUUUUGUGAUUUGUAAUUAUUAAAUCAUUUGAUAAGUUAAAACUAAUGUGUAAAGAUGUAUUUUAUGCUGUAUGAAACCAAAUUCCUGAUCAAUAGUGACACAAUACAAAGAACAAUGGGAAUCUUUCUGUAAAUCUCUGGUCACAUUGUACUACAUUGUCUGCAGAAAUUGUCUUCAAUUGAGACUGUCCUUUCGUUAAUUUCGAGACGGGAAGAUAAUGUUUGUAGAUCAACAUUGGGUGACCAAAACUCAUUUUUACCAGUAACUGUAUUCAUGUUUUACAUUCUGUUUUUAUAAUAAUCAAUUUUCCUGUACAUGUCCCUCUGUAUUGAAAAUAAUUGAAAGCGACUCUCCUUGUAACAAUAAUGUCACUUUGUGAUGCCUUUUCCUUCUUGUGUAACAGGAACAUUGUAUUACUCAUGAGUUUUACAUUAUUUCACAAUUACAUAAAAGUGCCUGAAAGUAGUUCAGUGAUGAAGGGAGAUAAUUUAGGAACUGGAAAGAGAAGACUACUGGUGUUAACUGAUAGAAAUAUUGCGAUUAUUACGGGCAUUGGGAGUUUGUUAUUUUGUGUUUUUUGUUACUGUUACUGACUUAACAUACAGCUGUAUUUAUGGAUACAGCUCAUGCAAAGAUGUAUAAAAUAAAUGUCUCAGAAUACAUA